AUGUCAUCAAAUACAGACCGAGAAAGAAGAGGACGAGAAAACGUCGAGGAUCGAAUCCAACAGCUAGAAGCAAUGAUAAGAUCACAGGCCACUGAACCAGCACAAAAUGCCUCUGAUAAGAAAACUCCGGUCAACACCGAGUCUUCACUCGCAGCCCCCGAAGAGACCUUUGACCUGCCCGACGGUUGGCACGAUGACCCUGGGAGCCUCGCUUGGGUUCCCAUCGGCGUUGACACGCCUAUUAACUCAAAUGCAUAUCAGCUAGAUAGCUCAUACGUGCCCAUAUCUUCCUUGGACGGAAUCUUCUCACUGCCUCGGGUUGAUGGAGGGUCGUCUGUCCUUUCUGCGAUAAAUGUCAUAAAUCACCAGACUGCACGGUCGAGCCAGACGCAUGUCGAGCACCCAUCCGAGGAACUGGCUCGACUCUGUCAUCGUGACUUGCCUUCAGCGCAUGAGGCAUCCUUGAUGCUUCAAGAAUAUUUGAUGGAUUUCAACUCUGUCAUCCCACUAUUUGAUAGACGAGCGAUUGCGUUGCAUUUUCAAGACUGCUACUCGGGCAGCCCUGAUAUUAAAGGCGUCUCGUGGGGUACUCUUUACGUGGUCCUUGGGAUAGCUCAUCAGCUUCGCGCAAUGAGCCCACUUGCCACGGAGGAUGAUAAUAUUACUGCCAUCAGAUACCUUGACAGAUGCAUGAAAAGGCUCCCCGAACUUCUCAUGGACACCCCAUCGCUUGCGCUCAUUCAGUGUUUACUAGGAGUGGCCAUCAUUAUCAAAGGGACUCCACGGUCACGAUCAGCCGCGCUGUUCGUCUCCAUCGCGAUGCGGUUGGCCCAGGACCUGGGAUAUAACGAGAAACGGCCGCAAAACGGCGGUGGCGUCUUUGAGGCCGAGCAGGAAAAUUUGGUCUUCUGGAUUGCGUUUCUUCUUGAUUCAGACCACUCUUUGCGCUCCAAUCGUCUUCCCACACAGAGCUACGAGCAUAUUGAUGCAGAUCUACCAGACCAAGAUCCGACCAGUGGUGCUGGUAUUGUGCGUGCUGAUGUUGGAAAUUUGAAGGCCAACAUUCUUCGCCUCCGAGUGGAGAUGAGUCUUGUGCAAGCGGAAAUAAUGGAAGAAUUGUUCAGUGUGAAGGCAAGGCGAAAGCUCGUGUCGGAACUCACGAGAGUUGCAGAUAUGAUCACCUUGCGACUUCACCAAUGGAGAGACAAUUGGAUCUUCCAGGUCCACCCCUAUGAUCUUAGGCGCAUGUUGCAAAGGUCGGAAAUGGUGCAUGUCUUGGUCUUGGAAGCGGCGUACUUCACCACGAACUGGGCAUUACAAGCAGAAAUCAUACAGACAGGACACAGAACUGAUUGUAGCAUCUUGAUUUCCAACACCUUGACACAAAAGGCGGCCACAAAAGAGCCACCAUGCUAUCCACAUGCGAGAAGACUUCUCGAGCUUGUGGUCGUUGCUCCCUCAGGAGACAUUGCAUGUACCUGGUACGCGAACCAGGCGGAAUCACCUGAAGCAAAGAAGAUCUACUGA